AUGGCGUCGGAGUUAACUCCGAACGCGCUUGAGAUUCUAAACUCCGGUGCGACAGAUGGCAAUUUCAUAUUGCAAGUGUUCGACUCGCGGCAGGUCGGGAGCGCGUCCGUGCCACCCGCGCAGGAGCGAUACCGGCUGAUGCUGUCGGACGGGCGAUGGCACCAGUGGGCCAUGAUCGCGUCGCAGAUGAACGAGCUCAUGCGCACCUCCGUUAAGAAGGGCUCCAUUAUAAAUCUCACGGAGUGCGUCACCAACACUGUUCACGGGAAAAAGAUCGUGAUCAUUCUGAAGAUGGAGGUGGUCAAGACGGACGCCGCCAUCAUAGGCGAUCCGCAGCCCUUCCCCGCCGACGGCCAGGCCCCGCCUCCGCGCCAGCAGCCGUCGUCCACCCCCGCCAGCACACUCACCAACAACUCCGCCGCCCCACCCCCGCAGCAGCACCCGCCGCCACAGCAGCCGUCCAACGCUUCUCCUAGUCCCAUGGCGCAGUACGGCCCGUCGGGCGCUGCUCAUCCGUCCAAUGCAGCCCAGCCAGUCCCGCCCAACCCGUACGCCGCUGGUGGCUUCGGUCAGCAGCAGCAGCAGCAGCAGCAGCAGAAGCAGUCGCAGUAUUCUGGGGUAUCCGGACCUCCUGGUGGAGGUUCCGCCGCUAGUCACGGAGGAGGAUUCGCAGGUGGCCCAGGCGCGGGCGGCGGCGGAGGAUACGGGGGAGGGGGCGGAGCAGCUCCCCCGCCGUCUUACUCCGCGCGCGGGCCCGUGGCGCGCAACGAGGCGCACGCGCGGGUGGUGCCGAUCGACUCGCUGAACCCGUACCUGGGCAAGUGGACGAUCAAGGCGCGCGUGACGUCCAAGGGCGACAUCCGGCGGUACAACAACGCGCGCGGCGAGGGCAAGGUGUUCAGCUUCGACCUGCUCGACGCCGAAGGCGGGGAGAUCCGCGUCACGUGCUUCAACCGCGAGGUCGACAGCUUCUUCGACAAGAUCCAGAAGGGGCAGGUGUAUCUGCUGUCCAAGGGCAGUCUGAAGCCAGCACAGCGCAUGUACAACCACCUGCGCAGCGACUGGGAGAUCAUGCUCGACGCGUCCUCCACGCUCGACCUCUGCCCCGACGACGGUGCCAUCGGCGCCAUCCAGUACGACUUCCGCACAAUCGCUGACGUGGCGGGCAUGGAGAACAACAGCGUGGCGGACGUGGUGGGCGUGGUGGUGUCGGUGGGCGCGAGCUCGAGCAUCAUGCGGCGCAACGGCACCGAGACCAUGAAGCGCACCUGCAUGAUCCGCGACCAAUCCGGGCGGCAGACGGAGCUCACCAUGUGGGGCGGCUUCUGCAGCGCCGAGGGGCAGCAGCUGCAGGAGCUGGUGGAGGCGGGGCAGCACCCGGUGCUGGCAAUCAAGGCGGGGCGAGUGAGCGACUUCAGCGGCAAGUCGCUGGGCACCAUAUCGUCCACGCAGCUCGCCAUCAACCCCGACAUCCCCCAGGCCAAAGAGCUCGCCGCCUGGUACACGUCUGGCGGGGGCGCGUCCAUGCCCGUGCAGGUCAUCUCCUCCGAGUUUGGCGGGGCGGGCGGGGGCGGGACAGGCAGGGAGCCUCGCAAGCUGAUAGCGGCGAUUAAGGAUGAGGGGCUGGGGUUGGGCGGGAAGGUGGACUGGAUCUCUGUGCGCGGCACCGUGUCGUACUUCCGUGCGGAUAACUGCUACUACCCCGCGUGCCCGCUGACGACGGCGGAGGGGCGGCAGUGCCAGAAGAAGGUGGUGCAGGACAGCAACGGCGACGGGUGGUACUGUGAGAAAUGCGGCCGUGCCACGCCCACCUGUGACUUCCGCUACAUUCUCAGCUUCCAGCUGCAGGACCACACCGGCAUGACCUGGCUCUCCGCCUUCCAGGAAGUUUCGGAGGAGAUGCUGAAGACGCCUGCAUCAGAGAUCAACAGGUGGAGGGAGGAGAACGACCUGCGGGCGGGGGAGGUGUUUGCCAACGCGCAGUGGAGCCAGUGGGUGGUGAAGCUCAAGGUGCGCGAGGAGACUUGGCAGGACGAGGCCAAGGUGAAGUGCACCGUGGUCAAGGCGGAGCCCGUCAACUAUGCGGCUGAGAGCCGCGUGCUGCUGGACUAUAUUGGCCGGCUGCAGCGGGGAGAGCCGCUCACUGCGCCCGUGCCGGCUUCCCCUGGGCUGUCUGCUGCUGUGGGGGGCAUGCAGGUGGGUCGGGGGGGAGCUGCGGGUGGGGGGUAUGCGGCUGGAGGAGUGGGAUAUGGCGGCGCUGCUGGUGCUGGUGCUGGCGGCGGUGGUGGGUAUAACAGCAGUGCGUAUGGCGGCGGUGGUGGUUAUGGUGGGGGUGGGGGGGGAUACGGUGGGGGAGGGGGUUUUGACGGUGGCAGUGGGGGCAGGGGCGGUGGGGGCGGUGGUGGAGGGGGAGGUGGGUCGUGUUUUAAGUGUGGGGGUUCGGGCCACUGGGCGCGAGACUGUCCUGCUGCUGGUGCUGGUGGGGGCGCAGGUGGUGGGGGUGGUUAUGGGGGCGGGGGUGGUGGUGGUUAUGGUGGCGGCGGUGGCGGUGGCGGGGGGGGAGGGGGCGGGAGUGGUUCAUGUUUCAAGUGUGGGGGGUCGGGUCAUUGGGCGCGAGAUUGCCCUGGUGGGGGUGGUGGUGGUGGCGGCGGUGGUGGCAGGGGAGGUGGAUAUGGGGGUGGAGGAUAUGGUGCUGGUGGCUACUGA